AUGGCAUCUCACCCAAUAUUUAUUUUUCCUCUCCAGCCCAUUCACCAUCCCCAGCCUUUCAAGUUCGGAUACAGCGUGAAGGACAAGCACGGCGAGCAACAUCGUGAAGAAGUUGGUGAUGGCAAGAAUGUGAAGGGAAGCUAUGGAUUCACCGAUGCUAGAGGUAUCCACCGACAAGUCAACUAUGUAGCUGACCAUGCUGGAUUUAGGGCUCAGGUCAAGACCAACGAACCUGGAACCGCCAAUCAAAAUCCAGCAGCCGUUCACCUUAUCUCUGAUGCUCCCUAUGGACACGGAGGAUAUGCUGGACUUGGAUACGCUGGAGUUGGAGGUUCGGGAUUGGGAUACGGAUAUGGUGGUCUCGGAGCAGCCGGCGUAGGAUAUGGAUAUACUGGUCUUGGAGGAUAUGGAGGUCUUGGUUAUGGAGGCAAUGGGCUCCUUGGUGGUUUAGGAUAUGCUCGAUAUGGUUAUUAA